UAAAUGAUGACAGAAUUUUCAUUUUGGGGUGAAUUAUGCCUUUAAGAUCAGCACUUUUGUUUUUUUCCACCUUAAAUCGGCUGGAUUAAAUAUUAAACAUUCAAUUGUCAAUUUAAUUAAUGAUCAAUUACCUAACAUAAUUCUCAAUACAUCAAAGUAAGUGCACAAGCUUAUAAUACACUUUAUACUGUUAUGGUUAAUGUGCGUGAGAGAUGUGUAAAGUAGGAUUUUCCUAUGUAUUUGAACAUUUGAAGACGUAAAAAACUAUAAAUGUUAAUCUUUAUACCACGGUUUUAAUUAGGGUAGACAGUUUUGGUAUUUUCUUGUGUGCCAAGUGAUUAGAAAAUGGUAUUUUAAUUAAAAUAAAAUAUAUACUGUUAUUUACGAUGUUGAGUAAGCAUGGGAGUUAUUGGGUUAUGAAAUAUUUUAGGAGUAUUGCAGAAGCAAAUAUUACUCAUAUUGUGAGUCAUCCUGUUUAUUGUUGAAGUUUGAUCUAUUAGUUCAUUCAUAUUAAUUAGUUGCUCAUCAUCUCUUCUCAAUUAAGUUUUACUGGCUCAAAUUAUCAUAAAAGACUCAGCAGGCAAGGUUUUUAUUAAAUGUCAACUAAGUCUUACUUGACGCUUGAUUUUCUAUAUUUGUAAAUUCUGCCAUCUAGUGGGCAAUACAGUGCACUGUUGUAAGUGCACUACAUGCUAGGUUUCUGUGCACCUCAAACCCAUGAGCCCUUAACAGCCAUUUCCUUUUGCAUUGUUUUAAUUAAACAUUUUUUAUUGAAAUCAUUAAAUUGAUGAUAUUAAAUAAGUAAGCAUAUUAAAUAAAUGAUUCAGUCGUAUGUGUAAUCACGGCUCCUGAGGCUAGUGUAGAGUGCGAAGUGUUUCAUUUAUAACCUAUUACGUUUUCGCAUGUUUGAAUUAGACACAUUUUGAGGAAUGAUGUUUAAUUGUUUCAUUUCGACAUGUCAUGUGACAUUUUUUCAUAGUGAGUCAACUCUGAAUUCACACCAGCCUGUUUGACUCAGUCUUUCUUUUCCUAUUAUCAUCAGCUGUACGGUAGACAGAUCUUCCUGCCAUUGCACUGCCAUUGUCUCCUCUGCUCCUCUGCUCAGCUCAGACUACACACUUAGAAAUUGUUUUGUCUUGUGUCAAAGUUUACUCUGUUUAGCUUCACGUGUCUCUUCACAACUUCAUUUCCUCUCAGCAGAGCUCAUGGACGAGUAAGCAUUUUAGCAUUGUACACAAUGACGACAGAUCAGUCAUCUUUAAACAAGUUUUUAUGAUGACUAAAGAUCACAAGAGAUUUUCAGGGUACUCUUUAACUCUUGGGAACCCGCCACGUCAUCACACAUCAAACAGCAGUGACUUGUUGUGUAGGAAAGACUAGUAAGGAGGAAUGAUUGGAAUGUUUGGUAAUCCUAUAACACAAAACACUUCUCAUUGAUGGUAAUAAUGUUUUCUGGAGUGGAUUUCAGUUUUGGACUAUUUUUUAUUGUGCGUUACAGAACUUAAUUUGUUACAUGUUCCACAUGCUCAAAAAAACUGAAAUAAGUAAAUAAAAAAAGCAAGCAAGCAGCAUUCUACGAUGGCCGAGAGAGCUCAGCGCGGUGCAAAUAGAAAAAACACCUGCAAAUUAUGAAAACAACUUCGUCAAUUUUACAACACACGCUGCAAAUGCUCACAACACAAGCAAAUAAAGAAACGCACUGCAAAUAGAAAAAAACACCUGCAAAUUAAGAAAACAACUUCAUCAAUUUGACAACACACGCGCUGCAAAUGCUCACAACACAACCAAACAAAGAAACGCACUGCAAAUAAUAUUCUUUAUUAGGUUGUGUUGUGAGCAUUUGCAACACAAAUUGAUUGAAGAUGUUUUCUUGAUCUGCUGGUUCUUUUUUUAUUUGCACGUGUUUUCUGAAGUUGCUGCGCGUUGAGCUCUCUCGGCCAACGUAGCAUACUCUAUACUUGAUGCUCUACUUAUAUGCAUGUGACGGAAACACAAGACCGGAAGCACAAGCUCAUGCAGUUUUGUGUUCCACUGCAUACCAAAAUUCAGACUGAUAACCUUUGACCCCUGAAUUCACAUAGCACAAAGACAUUUGAACAACAGAUGCUCUAAGCAUCACAGAUUGAUCUCUUGGUAAAAGUCAAACAGCACACACACUGAAAAAUGGCAAGUUUUGCUGUCCAACAGGUGUGAUGUCAGUUUGUUUCAGGUAAGGUGAUUACAGCAAUGCAAUGCAAUGCAAUGCAAUGCAAUGCAAUGCAAUGAAAUGAAAUGAAAUGAAAUGAAAUGAAAUGAAAUGAAAUGAAAUGAAAUGAAAUGAAAUAAAAUAAAAUAAAAUAAAAUAAAAUAAAAUAAAAUAAAAUAAAAUAAAAUAAAAUAAAAAAUAAAAUAAAAUCUUUCCACUAUCAACUUUUACUUGUCUGACAUUCAAUAAAUCUGUUGGCUGUCUGUCAAACUAUUAUGCAGACAGGCAUAUCGUACAGACAGAACAUACUAUAUAAUAAAUACAAAUCUGAUGCAAUUAGCUGAUAAUUAUUUUCAUAUAUUUGACUGAUAAAUUGUACAGACAGGAUAUACACUGAAAAAAAUUGAAGUAGGAUUUCCUUUUAGACAAUUUUCACUCUCACAAUGGCAAGUAGCACAUUGAAUUAAACAUGAAUUUUUAAAGUAGAAAGACUUUUAUUGUAAAACUUACUUACAAUAAUCUUUGUCUUAUUUGCAAAUAGGAUUCUAAUAUAUUGAGGUCUAAUGAUACAAAAAUUCUGUCCAAAGUGAUAAGAUGAUGAUUAUUUUUAUAUUUUGACUGAUAAGUAGCUGAUGCUAUUUUCAUAUUAUUUAUUUUUUAUAUUUAUUACUUUUGUGUGUGUGUGUGUGUGUGUGUGUGUGUGUGUAGAGAGAGAGAGAGCAAAACACUGCUAACUAAAAAUCAGUUAUUUUAGUGCAUUUAAGCAUCUCUACAUUAUAAUGUACUGUAGAAAAAAUUAAUAUUCAUUUGAGAUUUUCUAAAUAAUUACAUUUAACAGUAUUAUUAGUAUUAUUAAAUGCAUUAAGAUUUUUACAGAUCAACUUUAGGCAGGCAAAGGAAAUUAAAAUGUUCAAAUUAAAUUGUUGAACUCUGUAGUUUAUGCAUUAGCAAUAAUUAUUAGUAUUUUAAUGUAGGUCAAUAUAUACAAAUUGCAGUGUAGUAACACUCAUUUUGGAUGUUUUUUUUUUUUUAGUUCCUCUUCAUUACAGCUCAUAAGUCUUACCACAAGUUCGUCACUGAAAUAGACAGUGUUUCAUUUCAGAAGUCGCAAAAAGCCCAAACCCCUUUUACGCUUCUUCAGAAGUAUUCCAACCACGAUUUGCUGCAUUCAGAAAGAGAUUUUAAUAACCCUUCUGGAAUGUGGACUGUCCAACAUUAAAUCAAACUGCAUGUAUUUUGUUUGUGUCUGCAACAGAUAUUUAGGAAUGAGACAUUCCAACUCCUCGUUGAGAGCUCCGCCCCAGGUUUCAUGUGUGGCUGUCUUCUCUCUCAGAGCUGAGUUGAGUGCUAGCGCAGCUGGACUUCAAAAGGAAGUGGCUGUGCGGUGAAGUUGAGCUCUGUGGGAGGGCACUAAGUGUUAAGGGAGUCAUGCAGGGGAGACGCUACUAGAGCGCGCUGAACAGCACAGCGGUGUGUUCCAGGGCCAUGCUCCGCAGGUCGCCCUGCCACAGAGGCAGGGUUCAUUUUGACUUCAGUGAGGAGGUGGUGAAAAGGCUGCACACCUCCACCUUAAGUUUCGAUGUGGAAAAUGGCCCGUCUGCAAGCUGUAGUCCUUUGGACCCCCAGGCCUCACCAGGUUCUGGCCUGGUUCUGCACACAAACUUUCCCGGCCACAACCAGCGGCGAGAGUCCUUCCUCUACCGCUCAGACAGUGACUAUGACCUCUCACCAAAGUCGAUGUCUCGAAAUUCUUCUAUCGCCUCAGAACUGCAUGGGGAUGACUUGAUAGUCACACCUUUUGCUCAGGUUCUAGCGAGCCUUCGAAGUGUCAGAAACAACUUUACUGUCUUGACCAACGUUCAGUGCACAUCUAACAAGAGGUCCCCCGUGUCCAACCAGCCCCCCAUCACCAGAGUGUGCCUACCUGACGAGUCCUACCAGAAGCUGGCCGUGGAGACCAUGGAGGAGCUGGACUGGUGUCUGGAUCAGCUGGAAACCAUCCAGACAUACCGCUCCGUCAGCGACAUGGCCUCCAACAAGUUCAAGAGAAUGUUGAACAGGGAGCUGACGCACCUCUCUGAGAUGAGCAGAUCUGGCAAUCAGGUGUCGGAGUUCAUCUCCAACACCUUCCUAGACAAGCAGAAUGACGUGGAGAUUCCCUCGCCUACACCUAAAGCCCGCGAGAAGAAGAAAAAGCAGCAGCUGAUGACUCAGAUCAGUGGUGUGAAGAAAGUAUCCCACGGGCCCAGCCUCAACUGCGGCAUCGCUCGCUUCGGCGUCAAAACCGACAAAGAGGAUUUACUGUCAAAGGAAUUAGAAGACCUGAACAAAUGGGGCCUGAACAUCUUUACAGUUUCCGAGUAUUCUAACAACCGGCCUCUCACUUGCAUUAUGUACGCCAUCUUCCAGGAACGAGACUUGCUUAAAACAUUUAAGAUCCCGGCAGAUACUUUUGUGAUGUAUAUGAUGACCCUUGAGGAUCAUUACCACCAAGAUGUGGCCUAUCAUAACAGCCUUCACGCUGCUGAUGUGGCCCAGUCAACUCACAUUCUGCUGUCCACACCUGCUCUAGAUGCUGUCUUCACGGAUCUUGAGAUCUUGGCAGCCAUUUUUGCAGCAGCUAUUCAUGAUGUGGACCAUCCUGGAGUUUCAAACCAGUUCCUCAUCAAUACAAACUCUGAGUUAGCGCUCAUGUAUAACGAUGAGUCCGUUUUGGAGAACCACCACUUAGCUGUGGGCUUCAAACUUCUCCAAGAGGACAAUUGCGACAUCUUCCAGAACCUCACUAAGAAACAGAGGCAGUCACUCCGAAAGAUGGUCAUCGACAUGGUACUUGCCACAGACAUGUCUAAGCACAUGAGCUUACUGGCCGAUCUGAAGACCAUGGUAGAGACGAAGAAAGUGACAAGCUCAGGAGUUUUACUUCUGGACAACUACACAGACAGGAUACAGGUCUUGAGGAACAUGGUUCACUGCGCCGAUCUGAGCAAUCCCACCAAGUCUCUAGAGUUGUACCGGCAGUGGACCGACCGCAUCAUGGAGGAGUUUUUUCACCAGGGUGACAGAGAGAGGGAGCGUGGCAUGGAGAUCAGCCCCAUGUGUGACAAACACACUGCCUCGGUAGAGAAAUCACAGGUGGGUUUCAUUGACUACAUCGUCCACCCGCUGUGGGAAACCUGGGCCGACUUGGUGCAUCCGGAUGCCCAGGAUAUCCUGGACACACUGGAGGAUAAUCGGAACUGGUACCAGAGCAUGAUCCCCCAGAGCCCUUCCCCACCCUUCUACCAGCCCGACAAAGAAGGCAAUGGCGGGGGUUCAGGGCCUGACAAGUUCCAGUUUGAGCUCACACUAGAGGAAGAGGACUCAGAAGGCACGGAAAAAGACGAACAGAGUCAGGGUGACGAGGAAGAGGAUGUGGAAGAAGAAGAAGAAGAAGAAGACAGAGGGGAAGAAAUGGAAUCUACUACACACAUCCAGAUAGUUACCGAAGACGCCUCACCUGUCGACACAUAGGACUCAGCGUCUCUUAAUAGGCGGUAGCUGUUUUUUUCCCUUGCGAGAGGAGCAAUCUUGCAGUUGAUGCUUUUUAAAAAGCCCACAUGGGGUGCUUUUUUAGGCCCUCGUGGGAGGAGGAUGUCUUGCCCUCCUUGCACUUACGUUUGGAGACAGUUUGGUAGGAGCUCUCAGGAAAUAAAUGCUGCAGACAUUUUGGACCUGAACAAUUGACAGGCGACUUUGAUAAACAUGAAGGAUUGGGGCCAACGUGGACAGUUUGCUUGUUUGUUUACCUGGUGGUGAGGAGUAGACACUACUGAGAGGAUUUCUCUUUUUUUGUACCAACACAAACUUUUUGUAAAGCUAUGGGUGUGUGUGAUGAGGUCAAACAUGAACUACUGAAGAACAAGUAUUUGUAAAGAGAGAAACUGUUUACUUUUCUGUACCAUUUGUCUAAAGACUGUGUGCCUUUUUACUAUUGUCUUUUUAAUAGUCUUUUAUUUAUUGAACACGUUUUAGUAUAACUGUACGUUGAAAUGUUUUCGUUUUCUAAAGCAAACCAGACCGAACAUGCAGAAUUGUUUUAUAUCUACGCUGGAGAGAGAACUUAGUGUCUUCCUUUGUUUGGCAAUAUAACUUAAUAAUCCAAACAUCUGACAAACGAUCAGAAAACUAAGAAAUGAUGACAGAGGCACUUUCUGUUUAUUCUAGCUACAUUUGUGUCGGACUUUUUAAAUAUGAGCACAAACUCUGUUUAUUUGGAUCCGUACAUCAUCCCAUCCCACAUUAGGGUAAAAGAAUCUGUGUUAGGUAAAUGCAUUGUUGCACAAAAAACUUUAAAUACCCUUAAAUAUGAAGACCCCAUUUACUUAGAUCGUAAAACAAAAUACAAGCAAUCCCACCCCCCAAAAAAAUCCAAUCACCAGGGGUCUCAUAAUGUACAAAAUCACAGGGGAAGCCAAAGCUUUAUUCACUUAAACAUUAAUUUGCUUUUGACUCAUCAUAAUUGUCUUCCUCUCAGCAGUAGUUUUUCAUUCUUCCCAUCAUACCACAGACACACAGAGUAAAAGCAGUCUAAACUAGCUUUUGUAGCUUUUUUACACACUUUGAUACAGAACAUUUCCUCACUUGUCUUCUAAAUCAAAUAUGUUAUCUUUUCUUGUGAUUGGCUCACUUUUCAGACAGAUAAAAACACUGAUGUAAAUUGAUUUCCUUCCCCAUCCCGUAAAAAAAAAAAACUUAAGGUUUGAAACUUCUCACUUAUAUUUCCUCUAGUACUUCAACAAUUUCACUCGACAGUUUUCAACAUGCCAGUUUUAUAAUGAAUCUAUUGACAUUAGCAUUGUCGUCUCACACAUAUAGUCACCAUGUGCAGUUCAUACUUUGAGGUACUUUACCUACCUUACACUCAAAGUCUCAACAUUGGAAACAUUUAAUGGCCAAAGUAGCAUGCAAAUGUAUGUUUUUGCACACAUAUAUAUAUAUAUAUAUAUAUAUAAAUAUGUGUGUGUGUCUACACAUUACUGUGUUUGUGUGUGCAAGCGUCCGUCAGGUCGCUUGAUCACCAGCCCACGCUUUUCACGACUCCUUCCAUUCACUUUGUUUAUAUGCGCUCAGAUUGGUCCUCUACUGUUUAUAACAGUGUAUUUAUUACCGUUGACUGUACAUAAGAAAAAAAUGUUUCUUUGUAAAUGGAUUAAUUUAUAUGCACUUGCAUUACCUAAAACUGGUGGUGUUUCUUGUGUAGUGGGCUCUUGGACUGAGUCUGUUUUAUUUAGUAAUAUUGUUUAUGUUUUAAUAUAAAUAAAUAUAUAUUAUAUAUACUAUGUAUGAAUAUAUUGCACAAUUUUCAACUGCCCAGAACAGUAGCCUAUGAGACACGCGACCCAUUGGUAACGGGGAGAGUCUGUAGAUAAGACAUAAAUGCAUACUGUAGACAUCUGUCAGAUAUUAGAAGCUUUGUGUAUCACUGUUUGGUGUAACAUCGAUAAAUCAGUAUCUCACGAGAUUCUCCACAGAAUGUGGCCCUCAAAUAUAUACAACAUUUUGAAUGGAGAUUGCUAAAAACGGCUCAGAAGUGGCCUGUAAAUGCACAUUUACAGGAGAGGAAUUGGUCACCAAUGUCACAAUCUCUGAACAACAAUGUGAAAUCGAUAUAAUUACGAAAAUGUGAUCUUCUGUAAUUAUUUGUGCUAAUGUGAACUAUUUUUCUGACCUUGUUAGCAGUUUUGAAAUUCAAAUUGUCAGUAUAACUUUGUUAAUCUAUGUUUGAGAUCUUUUGGUCCGAUUUGCGUCCAAAAGGAUUCAACAGAAUUAGUGCUAUCUGCAUGAGGGAUGAGUUUUUAUCGUCUGGUUAUCCCACAUUGUUGCAGGUGAAUAUUCAAUGUUUCACACAAUGUAUGGUAAUAAUAUUGUAUAUUGUGUUCAAUAAAAUCUGAAGCUACUUUUCUAUGAAGUGAUUAAAGACAAAGCAUGAAUAUA